AUGGCUCAUGAGAAGACGAUUUGCCGAAACGUUCGUCAAUUAAAUCAACUAACAGCUUUGGGGAAAAUUGAUUUACCUCUGCCCGAGAUCAACACAGCGGAAUCGUUGUCCAGUGACCGUGAAGGCUGUGAACUGAACUAUGAACCAGUGGUCGAGGAAUCACUUCUAAGCGGGAUCGAUACUGGAUAUAGCGGUGUUGGUUUUGCUGUGCACCCAUCUGUCGUCUAUCUUGUCGAUUCUCACGAGAUCCUGUCACUUCGUCUGGCUAUUCUUCGCCUCCGCCCUCUGCGCCAAAAACCCAUCGGUAUCAUCAACUGCUACUCACCAACAUCAGCAGCUGAUGAAUCCGAUAUGAACGCGUUUUACGAGGAGCUGGAGGAAGUAAUCCGCAACGAGAAGUCCUUCUACAAAUUCGUUGUCGGAGACUUCAACGCAAAACUAGGAAAGGCUACAGAAGAGGAAUACAGGAUUGGAAGAUUUGGACUAGGGGACCGGAAUGAAAAUGGCAAUCGUCUCGCGGGGCUGUUGUCGACUCGUGCGGAGAUCGACCACAUACUCAGCAACCGGAGGUGGUGUCUACUUGAUGUCUCAGUAGUACCAUCCUUUUGUAGUGGUUCUGAUCAUCGUCUCCUUCGUGCGAAAACACGACUUAGCCACACGAUGGAAAAGAACAUCUGCUAUCGGCAACGAAGGAGAAAAGAAGUCGUCUACGACGAUUGCGUACACGAGGACUCCUUGUCCCAAGGUGACUGA